GUCUCUCUUCCACCACGACCAUCUCCCCGGUGACCCCUGCCUCUCUCGCUUUUGACGGCUUGUAUCUGCCACCGCUUGCACGAUGGCGUCGACGAACGGGUAUCUGGGUGUAACACCUCCCAUCUCAACAAGCGAGUCGAACCCUCGCGAGAAAGAAGUUACCGUCACUCUCCUGGAGGAGUUACGCCGUCAGGGCAUAUUUGAGAGUGAAGAAGAGGCAAAGAUGAGGGAGAUUGUUUUGGGCCGUUUGGCUGCGCUGAUCAAGAAGUUUGUGAAACGGGUGUCGCUUGCUCGUGGACUUUCUGAGUCUGCCGCGAACUCUGCUGGAGGCAAAAUAUACACGUUUGGGUCGUAUAGACUCGGCGUACAUGGUCCGGGGACCGAUAUAGAUACCCUGUGUGUGGUGCCACGACACGUCACUCGCGAAGACUUCUUCAAUGUGUUGGAGGGAAUGCUUCGGGAGAUGGAGGGCGUGACCGAAGUAUCGGGUGUACCAGAGGCCUUCGUCCCAAUCAUCAAGACUGAGAUUUCCGGUAUUCCAAUUGAUCUCUUGUUCGCGCAACUGUCUCUGGCAGCCAUUCCUGACGACCUGGACCUGCGAGAUGACAACUUGCUGAAAAACCUAGACGAACGUUGUGUGCGAAGUCUCAAUGGUUCCCGUGUGAUUAACGAAAUACUGCGGUUAGUGCCGAAUGUGGAUGUAUUCCGGGACGCACUGCGAUGCAUAAAGCUGUGGGCACAACGACGAGCCAUCUAUUCAAAUGUGAAUGGUUUUUUGGGCGGUGUCGCAUGGGCGAUGCUGGUCGCUCGGAUAUGUCAAUUGUAUCCAAAUGCAGUCGCUGGUGCUAUCGUCAGUCGUUUUUUUAUCAUCAUGCACCGUUGGUCGUGGCCACAGCCCGUCCUUCUGAAACCUAUUGAGGACGGUCCUCUUCAGGUUCGGGUUUGGAACCCAAGGUUGUAUCCUCAAGAUAGGAAUCAUCGUAUGCCCAUUAUUACACCCGCCUACCCUUCAAUGUGUGCGACGCACAAUGUGAUGGCAUCAACUCAGCAGAUCAUGACUGAAGAAUUCAAGAGAGGCUCCGAGAUCGUUGACCAAGUUAUCAGUGGAGAGGUUCAAUGGUCUGCGCUUUUCGCCAAACACGAUUUCUUCUUCAGAUACCGCUUCUACCUUCAGGUCAUCGCGUCAUCACCCGAUCUUGACACCCAGAACAAAUGGUCUGGCACGGUUGAGUCCAAGAUCCGGCAACUUGUCAUGAGGCUGGAGUUCGUGGACACGCUAAAGCUGGCUCAUCCGUUCAUAAAGGGGUUCGAUACUGUCUAUUACUGUCUAUCUGAAGACGAGACUCGGGCUGUGGCGCGUGGUGAGAUACCGGAGGCUGUCGCCAAUCGCAAACAGGAAGAUAUCGCCGGCAAGGAGGGCGCGACAACAAUGUACACGAAGUCGUUCUUCGUCGGGCUAUCCAUCAAGCCCAAAGAAGCCGGCGCCACUGGACCCCGUAAGCUCGAUAUAUCAUACCCCACAAACGAGUUCAUCAAGAUGGUCAGGCUGUGGGAGAAGUACGACGAGUCCCAAAUGAACAUUGUCGUUCGCCAUAUCAAGCACACGGCGCUUCCCGACUUCGUCUUCGACAAGGGUGAACGUGAAGCGGCUGCUCGUCCGAAGAAGCGUAGCCGAACUGCCAAGGAAUCCCCCGCGCCGAGCGCGAAGCGUUCAAGGAUGGAAUCAGACACGCCAGCCCGACCAGAUUCGGAGUCGCCUCUCAAACGCAGUACGAUCUCCUCUCAAGGACGCCAGCUCAGCACCCCAGAUUCUUCUAUGUCCUUUGGUUCCAUGACAGAACAUCCACAUACCGCUCAAACGUCGGAUGCCAUGGAUUCUCUAGCGGUGGCGGCGAGUGCUUGAAGCUUCUUACGGCGGCACCACAUAUCACCUCAGUUCCGUUGUUCUAUGUUCUAUCACUGUACUAUGACGGCUCCCUUGCUUCACAGUACCUUCACCUCCUUCACCUGCGCUACACUCACCUAGCCAUACCAUGUACUGCUUGCACCGAUUCUGGGAUAGUGCUGGAGCCAGAGAGACCUUUAUUCAGGGUUACCUACUUACUAUACUGUUCAAACUACUACAUACAUACAUUGCAAGACGCCUGUACACUACCGCAUCAAUGAUCAGUUCUUCCACCA